AUGAUGGUGGCUAUCAAGCCCGCCAUGAACUGGGUGGUGAGACGGUGUUCAUCGGAGGAAGACACAGUGGACAAGGCAUAUAUAUAUAUACCAGGUGCAGAUCUGAUCACCGUGCCAUUGAACUCGUCCUUCAGUGAAAUAGUGGGGGGCCUCCAAGGCGCAAGAGACUACGACAAUUCAAAUUUGAGCCACUCUGACUUUGUGAGAAAGGUUGCAUUGAUGUCAUACAUGAAGGAUGGAGCCUUGGACGCAAUCUUCAUGUGGACAGUGAUGGAAUUGAAGGGCGGCCAGAAUCAGCUAAUCCCUAAGGAAAUAUCCUUCAAGUCUAUGUCCCAAGCAGUGCCACAGAUCCAUAUGGUCUCUGACUUUAUAACUGAUAGAGCGUGGAACCCAAGUCUAUUAGAAGAAUGUUUCAACCCGGUAGACAGGGAGGCUAUCCGAAGCAUCCCCCUUGGAAAAUUCCUAACCCCUGACCGUUUGAUUUGGAGACACUCCGAAGAUGGCGAAUAUCGUGUCAAAUUGGGUUACUGGCUGGUAUAUACAAUUAAGACCCUUGGAUCGGAGGCAAGUAGUAGCUACAACUCUAAUGCUAAAUGGUGGAAAUUUUUAUGGGCCUUGAAUAUCCCGCCAAAAGUCAGAGNCAAAAUAUGUGAUUUAUGUCAUCUGGAUUAUGAAACUACUGUUCAUGCUUUAAUUCGAUAUGACCGAGCCUAUGUCGUGUGGAACCAAGCUGGCCUGGGAAAAUUGAUCUCUGAUUUCAAAGGGUCUGAAUUUUCGGAUUUUACACUGUUUGCAUAUCAUAAGCUGAAAAUUAACGAAUUUGAGAAACUGUGUAUGACGGUAUGGCAGAUUUGGAGUGACCGGAAUGUUUUGCAUCACGGUAGAAACAUCCCUCCAGUGCAACAUCAAUGUGUAAAAAUGGAAGAAUUUUUGGCAGACUUUCAAUCCACACAGCUUUCUCUUAAGGUGUCGUGUCGGGUCUCUGCAAAUCAGCCUGGAAUAUCUCGUAGAAGAUUUUGGAAAGCACCACCUAAUGAUGAAUUGAUCCUCAAUACUGAUGCAACUGUAAACAUCGAGGAAAUAGAGAUUGCCAUUGGGGCUGUAAUUCGCAAUCAUCGUGGGGAGGUAAUGGGAUUGCUGGGCAAAGUGGUUAAAGGAAAUUACUCUCCACUCACAGCUAAAAUUUUGGCCAUUAGAGAGGGGCUGGAAUUCGCAGCAGAAUCGGGGCUAUGGGUACACAUUGUUGAAACAGAUUCCCUGCUUUCGGUCCAAGCCAUUAGUCUUCAUCCCCUGUUCUCCCCUGUGCUGAAUGUAGCUGAGGACUGUAGUUUUCUCAUGGCUCGAUGGAGCCUUGGACGCAAUCUUCAUGUGGACAGUGAUGGAAUUGAAGGGCGGCUAGAAUCAGCUAGUAUGGGUGGCGAAAAUGACAGAAUUAAUGGUAGGGACUGCAUUGAUAAUUUUGUUGGCAGAAUAGAGGCAUGCAGAGACAGGCUUGUCCAGUGGGGUGGGAAUAUUAGGGAGCUUUCGGCUAAAAUUAAGGCAAUCUGUUCAAAGUUGAAACGACUUAAGGAGGAAAAUUUCUCUGUGACGAAUUUUGAGAAGAUUCGGGAGGCUAUCCGAAGCAUCCCCCUUGGAAAAUUCCCAACCCCUGACCGUUUGAUUUGGAGACACUCCGAAGAUGGCGAAUAUCGUGUCAAAUUGGGUUACUGGCUGGCAUAUACAAUUAAGACCCUUGGAUUGGAGGCAAGUAGUAGCUACAACUCUAAUGCUAAAUGGUGGAAAUUUUUAUGGGCCUUGAAUAUCCCUCCAAAACCUGGAAUAUCUCAUAGAAGAUUUUGGAAAGCACCACCUAAUGAUGAAUUGAUCCUCAAUACUGAUGCAACUGUAAACAUCGAGGAAAUGGAGAUUGCCAUUGGGGCUGUAAUUCACAAUCAUCGUGGGGAGGUAAUGGGAUCGCUGGGCAAAGUGGUUAAAGGAAAUUACUCUCCACUCACAGCUGAAAUUUUGGCCAUUAGAGAGGGGCUGGAAUUCGCAGCAGAAUCGGGGCUAUGGGUACAUAUUGUUGAAACAGAUUCCCUGCUUUCGGUCCAAGCCAUUAGUCUUCAUCCCCUGUUCUCCCCUGUGCUGAAUGUAGCUGAGGACUGUAGUUUUCUCAUGGCUCGUAUGGGAAAUUGUAAAAUUCGGCACGCCCCAAGAAAGACCAAUCAGGUGGCUCAUGAAUUAGCGCUAUUGGCGAAAAACUCUAGGAAUGAUUUUGUGUUGUGA